AUGAUUGCGCCCGACAGGGGGCUGACGGCACGACAGCAGCUUCAACUAGACUCGCAACGGGCAUGGUUAAGGCUUAGCAAUGUGAUGGGAAAAGAGAACGACACGUUCGAGACUCUUCCGGGAUAUAGUAACAGUACCCGUGAUUGGGUGGGAGUGCGUACACUCAAAACGGAGGUCGAGCGCAUCUUGAUUGUCGAAGAGGUGUUGAGAGCAGAGAUUUUCCGGUCGGGAGAACGACGCUCGAUACUCCACAACAUAUGUCGUACCGUGAUCUUGUGGUUUUCGGAAACGGGAGUCGACGAAGCCAAAGAUUGGAUGGUUACCACAACAAUGAAUCGCAAAGCUCGACGAGGGCAAUAUAUCUCAAGCUUUAAGCGUGUGGGGGUGGGUACCAGUGCAACCACAAGGUUUACACAGGGGCACGCAACGGGAAGCGAACGGCACGAUGGCUUUUCAGCCAGAUUCAAAACGACCAUGGAACGUAAACCAGAAUUGCCGAGCGCGCCCCCAAAUACCGGAUUCACUCACUUCACCGCUCUAAGCCCAACCAGCCCCAGAUCGCCGAACUAUAUGAUAGCUCUCUCCUGUCGCGAGCCCGUUCUUUCCAUCAAAUUUCGACCUCCCCGGCAUCACCUCCUGCUAUUGCCCGUGUCUCCCUCUGCAACAAUGCGUUCGAGAUCAAUCUUCUCCGUGGUCAUGGUGACGGUACUUGCAGCAUUCACGCACAUGCUCCUUCGAACGUUACUGGAAACCAGGAGCAAACACACUUCUCUAGUUAGCGUCUUUGCGAUUGAAGGGAAGCACUGCGUAUAUGCAUACCAGCGUAGCGUCUCGCUGCAGGGUACAACGUCGGAAAGUAUCCAUACGUGUCAAGUUUUCGGCAUCAUUCAAGGGUACCGACGAGCUGAUGAAACCGGCCGCACGCAAUUAUGA